AUGACAGAAGAGAAGAAGAAUUUAAUUUUUGAAUAUAAAGAUGAUAUCAAUGGAAAAGUGCCAGUUAUAUUUUAAUGGAGUUUUGACUUUAAUUUUUUAGUAUGUGGUGGAGAUAGAUCAGUAGUUUAUGUAAUUGAUAAGUAAAUAAUAUGAUAAUAAUAUUAGACGAGGGAAGCGUUUAAAGGAUAUUUAAUUACCAACAAAUAAUAAAUUAUUGUAAUUAGAAUGGGAUAAAGAUAGUGAAUUUAUUUGCAUUGUAUAAGUAUGAAAGAAUCAAAAUUAAAAAAGGAUGGUCUCAAUUAUGUUAAUUUAUGGGCUCCAUUUACAAAUAAUCCAACACUUAUUCAAAUAGAAUUAGAUAAUGUCAAAGCAAAAGUAUCAUAUGCUAGAUGGUCUAAAAGUCAUGGAAUAUUGGCAAUAGGAUCAGAUAAAGGUGGAGUAUUGUUUUAUACAAAAAAAUAAGCGAAAAAAUUACCUACAAUGGGAAAACACAGUAAGAGAAUUAUUAGUGGGGAUUGGAAUAAUGAAGGUUAUUUAAGUAUGUAUUUUUAAUAAUAUUAUUAUAGUAACAAGUGGAGAAGAUAAAUUUUUAACAGUUUCAAAUUAUAAUGCAGAAACUAUAUUUGAAUCUAUUCCUGUUAAAGCUGAAGCUAAAAAUGUACUUUGGUCUAUAUCAAAGACAGAUUCAAGGGAAUAGGUUUAAAGAACAGUAACAGCUAUAAUUCAAUAAAAAACAAUUAUUAUGUUUGAAUUAGGAAAGAAUCAUAAAAUGCCUGAUGAAUUAGUAUUUGAGAAUAAAUAUGGGAAAAUUGUUGAUUAUACAAUCUUUGAUGAUGGAAAUUUGGUUAUAGGAUUCAGUGAAGGUUAUGUUGCCCAUGUUUCUAUUCCCAUAAAAGAAAAUAGUAAACUCUAUGUAUAUUUCAUUAGAGGAGGACGUACGAAAUAAGAAAUUAUUGAAGUAAGUAGAUACUAUCUGUACAAAUGAUAGUCUCUAAAAAUUGGCAGUAGCAGGAGAUGGUUUUAUUAAAAUGGUUAAUCUUCAAUCUUGGGAAGAAAUAACUGCAGAAUAAAUUAAAUUACCAAAUGAUUGUGGUCGUGUAUCUAAAAUGUAAUAUUUAUAUUAUAUCUAUAAAGGGCUUGGAGUUCAAAUGGAUUAAUCUUAAUUGUCUCAACUGAAAAAGGGAAUUUAUUUGGAUACUAAACAUCAAUACCAACAUUAACAGCUACUUAUAAAUCUAUGAUUGCAUUACAAUAAUCAUUUACACAAAUCAAAAUCUAUUCAACUUAAGACUAAUCAUUAACAGAAAAAGCUACUCUUUUUUUAGAGAAUGAACCUAAUUAAAUUUCUAUGAGUAUGAAAUAUUUUGCUGCUGGUCUCAAUAAUAUGGUUUAUUAUUAUAACUAUUUGGAAUUAAAAAGUAAAAAAGAUGAUACUUCUCCAUCAUCUAUUAUUUUGAAAAUGGAUUAUUUAGGAUAUGUAAAUUAAAUCAUUUUAAAUAAUGAAUUUGCUGCUAUCUUAAGUAAUAAUGUUUGUACAUUCCAUAAAAUUGAACAAGCAGGUGAUUUUAUUAAAUAGUAAUCUAUCUAUUAUAAUUAAAUAGAUAAUUCCCUGCUAAUGAUUAAGAAAAACCUAUCUUACAUAUUGGAUUAACUAGACAUUUUCUAUUUUUAUUAGAUUCUUAAUCUAAAAUCAGAGUCUAUAAUGUCCUUGAAAAAUAAUUUAUUAUUGAAUUCAAAAAUGAUUACAAUUUAACCAAAAUCUUUCCAAAUCUUAGUGGAACAAGAUCCAUUUGCAUUAAUAAUAAAGGUUAAGGCUUUUUAUUUGAAACAUCUCUUGAAAUAUUGACUUAAAUAUCUGUUUAUCCAGAAAAAACAGAGAGAAUCAUUUGGGAUCAAUAGGAUCCUAAUUUAUUUGUGACAUAAGAAGAUAAUCAACUUACUACUUAUAUAGUUAAUAAAAAUAAUUUAAAAUAAGAAAUGGUACAUCCAGUAUUUGAAUAUUUGUCUAUUGAAGAUUUACAUAAGCCAACAGAUCCAUCAGUAACUAAAAUAGAAAAAGGAGUUUAAGUCUUAAGUUUAACAAAUGGUACUUUAAAAUGUUUUACAAUGACAAGAAAUGUUAUAGGUUAACCAUUACUUAGUCAUUCUUAUUUGACUUAAUACAAAGGAUCCAGUGAUACAAUUGAUGGUCAUUUUAGAUAUUUUUUAUAAAAUCUAGCUCUAUUUAAAUUUGCUAAUGCACAUAAAGCAGCUGUGAAUUUAAAGAAUCUAAAAUUAUUUGAUACUUUUGGUAGAAGAUGUUUGGAAAAUCUAGAAUUUGAUGUUGCUUAAAAAGCAUUUCAAUCUGCCAACAAUAUAUCUAUGGUUAUGAUGAUAUAAAGUUUUAAGCAUGAAACUGAAAAGACUUUAUUAUUUGCAUAUGUAGCCAUGAUUUUGGGAUAACAUGAUUUAGCAUAAGAUCUAUUCUUAAAAUCAUCUUAUAGAUUAGGAGCUUUAGAAUUAAGAAGUGAUAUCUAAGAUUAUGUGAAUGCUUUAUCUUUAGCUAAGAAAAUAGCACCAGAAUAAGAACCAUUCAUAUGCAAAAGACUAGGAAUCUAAAUAGAAACAUAAGGAAAUAAUCCAGAAGCAGUUAAAAUGUAUGAGAUGGCUAUGUUGGAUGAGAAACUUCAUGAUUCUAAAACAGUUGAGAUUCAUAAUUAAUAAUGUGUUGCUGGUAUUGCUCGUUGUUCAAUAAAAAUGGGUGAUAUUUUAAGAGGAUCAAGUCUUUCAAGACAAAUUUCAGAUCAUUUAAUUUUAUAGGAAAUUGCAUUAGUGUGUGAGAAUAUGAAAUUUCAAGUUGAAGCUGCUGAACUUUAUGAAUAAGCAGGUUGUAUAGAGAAGGCAGCUACUAUUUAUAUCACAUAAAAGAUGUUCAAAUAGGCUGCACCUUUAAUGAAUAAAGUGAAAUCUCCAAAGUUGUUGAUUUUAUAUGCAAAGGCAAAAGAGAGUGAAGGAGCCUUUAAAGAAGCAGAGAAUGUUUAUGAGAAAGCUGAAGAUUGGGAAAAUGUUGUUAGGUUAAAUUUAAAUUAAUUAAAUAAUAUAGAAAGAGCAAAAUUCAUAUUACGUAAUAAAUGUAAAACUGUGACACUUGCAUUAAUGGUUGCAUAAUAUUGUGAAAGAAGAGGAUCUAAAGCAGAAGCUGUUGAAUUCUUGAUUUUGGCAGAGAAAAAAGAGUAGGCGUUUGCUUUGGCUUAAAACUUCAAUGAAAUGGAUUCUUAUGUAGAACAUAUGAAGGCAUUUUCAUUAGAAGAACGUUUAUAAGUUGCUUAAUAUUUUGAAGGCAAAAAUUAAUUAGAUAAAGCUGCAUUUCAUUAUGAGAAAGCAUAGGAUCCACUAAAAGCUUUAAGAUUAUAUUAAUAAGCAGGAGAAGAGUUUAUUAAUGAUAUGAUAGAUUUAGUUGCACGUAAUAAAUAGGAUAAUCUAAUAUAAAAUUUAUCAGAUUAUAUUAAUGGAGAUACUGAUGACAUUCCUAAGGAUCCCAUUUAUUCAUUGAAAUUAUAAAAAGCUAUUGGUAAUUUAUAAGCAGUUGGAAGGAUUGCAAUUACUAUUGCAGCAUCAGAAUAGGAAUGUGGUAAAUAUAAAGAAGCUCAUCAAUUUUUAUAUGAAACUUGUGAUGACUUGAAAUCUAGUGGAAAUUAGAUACCAUUUGAUUUAUAUUAAAAAUUGAUGACUUUACAUUCAUAUACAUUAGUUAAAAAGAUUAUGAAAUUAGAAGAACAUGAAGAUUUAGCAAAAUUAUUAGAUAGAGUAUGUAAAAGUAUUAGUUAAUUUCCUAAUGGUGCAACAAAUAUCUUAACAAUGGCUGUAAUAGAAGCCACAAAAGCUAAUUAUAAGUAAUUAUUUGAAUUUAAUUAUAGAUCAUUAGCAUAUUAAUGGGCUAUUACGUUAAUGAAAUAAGAAUAUAGAUCUUAGAUUAAUGAGAAAUUUAAAACAAAAAUAGAAAAUAUUGCAAGAAAACCAAUAAAGGAAGAAAUUCCAGAUAAGAAAACACCUUGUCCAUUUUGUGGAGUAUAAAUAUAUCUAAAAAGUAUAGGAAUUUGUAUCUGAAUUUUGUUUAGAUUGUCCAAAAUGUUCAAAUAAUAUACCAUUUUGUAUUGCAUCAGCAAAGUAAUUAAAUAGAUAAUCAAUUUUAGACAUAUAGUAGCUGAACAAUGUUGUUUCUGUCCUGAAUGCAAAUUUCCUGCUAAUAUCUAAUACUUUAGGAGAAUACUUGAAAUUGAGCCUAUUUGCCCACUUUGUCAAAAGUAAGUAAGACCUCAAGAUUUAAAGGAAGUAUGAAAUAUGAUAGAAAAUAAUAGAUUACAAAAGAAGAAGUACUUAAGUUAAAGAGGAAGGCUGUAGUUGAUGAAAAAAAAUAAUGA